AUGGCGCCAUUAAAAAAAUACACAAUCUCCCAUGAUCUUCAACGAAGAAAAUAUCAAUUUAUCUUCACAACUUUCCUUCUUCUCUUCUUUUUCUCUCUCCUAAUCUUACUAAACACAACUCCUUUAACACCAAACUCUUUACCCUCCACAACUGUACCCACUGCAACUUCCUACCUUCUCUCUGCUUCAAACUACAUUUCAUCUCUCUCCUCUCUCCCCAAAACUUCCUCCAUUAUCGCAGCCCGAACAUUCGAAACCGGCUCGAAUGUGGCUAUUUCUCAUUCUCCUAUCCCACUUGAUGAAAAUGGGUCUAAUUCUCCAAGAACACUAUCAAAAACAGAGCAUGAUUUUGUUAUUAACAAGAAUAAAAAUUCUUGUGAUAUAUUUGAUGGGAAAUGGGUUUUGGAUAAUUCUGACCCAAUUUACCCACCUGGGUCUUGCCCAUUUCUGGAUUAUACCUUCAAUUGCUUCAACAAUGGCCGCUCCGAUCUUCGCUAUUUGCGGUAUCGAUGGCAGCCUAAUGGGUGUAAUAUCCCAAGGUUUGAUGGGAAGAAGAUGUUGGAGAUAUUAAGAGGGAAAAGAAUGGUGUUUGUAGGAGAUUCACUAAAUAGAAAUAUGUGGGAAUCUUUGGUUUGUUCUUUAAGAAUGUCUUUAGUUGAUAAAAACAAAAUGUUUGAAGUUUCAGGAAAAAGACAGUUUAGAACUGAAGGUUUCUAUUCUUUCAAAUUCCAGGAUUACAAUUGCACUGUAGAGUUCAUUAGAUCACCAUUCUUAGUUCAAGAAUGGAAAUUUCCUAGUGUGAAAGGUGUCGAAUCGCGACGAGAAAUGCUAAGACUUGAUUUGAUUCAAGCUACAACCUCUAAUUACCAUGAUGCUGAUUUCCUCAUCUUUAAUACUGGACAUUGGUGGACUCAUCACAAAACUAGGAAAGGGAAGAAUUUCUUCCAGGAGGGUGAAACUGUGCUUUCCAAAUUAAAAGUUACAGAAGCAUACACAAAAGCUUUAAAAACAUGGGCAGAAUGGGUUGAUAAAAAUGUGAACAAGAACAAAACUCAGGUCUUUUUUGCUGGUUAUUCUACUUCUCAUUUCAGAGGAGGACAGUGGAAUUCAGGUGGGAAUUGUGAUGGAGAAACAGAACCUAUAAUAGAUGAUAAGUACCUAGGAUCAUAUCCAUGGAUGAUGAAGGCACUUGAAUCUGUGAUUUCGAAAAUGAGUACACCUGUGGUGUAUCUUAACAUAAGUAAGAUGACCGAUUAUAGAAAAGAUGGGCAUCCUUCUAUAUACCGGCAGCCUGGGACCGAGAGACGGCCCGGAAUGUUUCAAGAUUGCAGUCAUUGGUGCCUCCCUGGAGUUCCGGACUCUUGGAACCAGCUACUCUAUGCUUCUUUGUUGAUGUCUUCUAAAUGGCCUAAUGGAACUCCCUAG